GGGUUUAAAGCUUGGGAGGAGGGAGAGUACAAUUGCUGGUGCACAGAGGCGAAGAGAAAUUGCUAUCCAAACCCAGCAUUUCGAUCGUUUGAUCGAUCGAACGAUCCAGUCUUCCAAGUGGCUGCUCGCCAUGGCCACCGUACCGCCUCUCAAAUUCACUGUUCGAGACCCCAAUGGACUGUCGCUGCUCACUGGACCGCCUUUCAGUGGCGAGCCUGCAGCCACUUUUGAAAAGAUACCAUGCAGUGCAUCGAAGUUUAGUAACGAUGGAAGCAAGCUAGCAGUGACUACACCAAAUGCUCUAGUUAUAUAUGACACCGACUCUGGCAAAGAACUUAUUCAAAUACCAGCAGCCGGUGUGGCGUCUGCUGUUUUCUCACCACUGGGCACGUAUUUGCAGACUUUCCAAAAGCCUCAAGGCCAGCAAAAAAAUUUGGUUUUGUGGGAUUCGAAAACUGGUUCUAUUGUUCUGCAGCAAUUCCAGAAGGCCAUUUCCAAAACCUCAUGGCCUGUUAUCCAAUUCAGCGAUGAUGAAAGUGUUGCAUGUCGGUUAGUGACAAACGAAGUACACAUAUUUGAUGGGCAUGAUUUCUCGAAAGGCAUCAUUGAUCGGCUUCGGUUGCCAGGAAUUGAUGGUGUUCAGCUUGCACAUUCACCUGCCUCACACAUUGCCGCGUACGUGCCUGAGAUUAAGGGUGCUCCAGCUAAUGUACGUAUAUUCGAACUUGCGAAUGUUAGUCAAGCACAAUCGGUUGCUAGACGAAGCUUUUUUAAGUCAAAUACAGCUCAAUUAUCAUGGAACAAAGGUUCCACAGGCCUACUGGUGUUGGCUCAGUCAGAUGUCGACAAGACUAACCAGAACUACUAUGGAGAGUCGCGUUUGCACUAUUUGACUAGCGAUGGCCGCCAUGAAGGGGCUGUACCUUUGAGUAAGGAGGGUCCAAUAUAUGACGUGCAGUGGUCUCCAAACGGCAAAGAAUUUCUGGUCGUUUAUGGCUUUAUGCCUGCAAAGGUGACCCUAUUCAAUGUUCAAUGCAAGCCACUCUUUGAGUUCGGACAAGGCCCUUACAACUAUUUGCGGUGGAAUCCUCAAGGCAGUUUCAUCUGCUUGGCGGGUUUUGGGAAUCUUCCAGGAGACGUGGCCUUUUGGGAUCGAGAAAGUCUGAAAUGCUUUCACACCUUAAAAGCUCCUGUGACCGUUACAGCUGAAUGGUCUCCUGAUGGCCGCUAUUUCAUGACAGCCACUACUGCGCCUCGUCUUCAAGUAGACAAUGGGUUCAAGGUGUUUAAAUAUGAUGGUACCCCUCACUAUGAGAAAAAAUAUGACAAACUUUAUCAGGCUGAAUGGCGCCCUGCUUCAAGCGACGUUUACCCAGACCGACCCCCAUCUCCAGGAGCCCGAAAGCUUGAAAGCAAGGUUGAGGCACCAAAAACUGUCCAACCCAGGACAGGCACUAAACCAGGAGCAUAUCGUCCACCACAUGCUGGCCAGGCAGCUUCUGUUAAAGCUCAGUUGCUUGGACUUGACGAAACAUCUAAAGCUAGCACAGGGUCAUCCGCAGGUCUCAGCAAGAGCGCCUUGAAGAAUCAGAAGCGUCGCCAAAAAAAGAAGGAAGGUGCAGACUCAUGAAGCCGAUUAGGUGCUCAUUGUGUAGCAGAAUUUGGUGGCUCAUGCAUGCCCAACUUGAGAAUUUUGGUUUAGGUGGCUUUGCGUGGCCUCUGACGUCUGUACAAAAGUUGAUUGAUGCUGUUGUGCAGCACAGCUGAUGGAAUAAUGUAGCUUAUAGACAUUUACACAUGGCUGUGUAUGACAACUGUGCUUACGACUUAGUUUAUUCAAUUUAAGGGUAUUGUAAUCUUUAUCUAAGGUGGACACACAGCGGACUGAACAAAAUGUCAUGCCAUAACUAACCAUCUGUUUAAUACACUUCUAUGUGCAAGCUUAA